CGGCAGCUGUGCAUCGGAAUUCGGAACGGAAUGGAAAUGGGACAACAUUGCGAGCACGGUGUUUUCUUUUUGACCUGGACACUAUUUCACAAUGAUAAAGGGGUUUGCCUGAUUGUCUAGUUCGCGUUUAACAACAGACACACUCCAGAGUAGCACGCGCAACUCACCUUCUCAUUUCAUAUCUCGCUACAUCUCUCAUCAAUUCCUGCCAGCUUACCGGGGCUCCAAGUGAAACAAUUACCGCAAGUCGCGUGCUCCGGCAGCAAGAAAGAUUCAAGCAUUCUGUCAUGGCCAAGAGGGAGGCUUGCGCCCACUUUGCCGCUGCCAGUGCGGCAAUGGCAGCAACUCCCAGUCAAAGCCAGUCGAAGGCAACGAUGACUGACCCCCGGUUUCGAAUUCGGCCCCUGCAGCAAGUGGCAUCCGCCUGCACCGGCGCCAUGGUGACCGCCUGCUUCAUGACCCCCUUGGAUGUUAUCAAAACCCGCCUGCAGGCCCAGCAGCAGGCACUUCUUUCGAAUAAAUGCUUUCUUUACUGCAAUGGUCUUAUGGACCACAUAUGCCCUUGUGGCCCGGACACGCCCAACCCAGCAGCCGCCAAGCCGGCUCCCCGCUUUUCUGGCACCAUUGACGCAUUCAUCAAGAUCAGCCGCGCCGAAGGCGUCGGCUCCCUAUGGUCAGGGCUUAGCCCAACAUUAAUCUCGGCCCUGCCCUCCACAAUUAUUUACUUCGUGGCCUACGAACAGUUCAAGGCCCGCUUCACCGACAUUCAUUACAAGUACAGGCGGCACCUAGACACCAGCGGGCGCGACAUUCCACUUCCAAUUCCAAUUUUGGUGCCAAUGCUGGCUGGUGUAUCGGCCCGCAUCCUGGCUGUUACCUGCGUGAGCCCCGUUGAACUAAUAAGGACUAAGAUGCAGUCGCAACGCAUGACGCAUGCCGAGAUGUUCGGUACCAUCCGACAGGUGGUGCAGUCGCAAGGCAUCCUGGGUCUGUGGCGCGGCCUACCACCUACUAUCCUCCGUGACGUGCCCUUCUCGGGCAUCUACUGGACUUGCUACGAGUACCUUAAAAGCUCCUUUGGUGUGGUGGAGCCGACGUUUAGCUUCAGCUUUGCGGCGGGAGCGAUUUCAGGAUCUGUGGCGGCCAUGAUCACCACACCCUUUGAUGUGGUAAAAACCCAUGAGCAGAUCGAGUUCGGCGAGAAGUUUAUUUUCUCAGGUAGGCACAAUGUGGUUCAGCUUUCUGCAACCAGAUCCCGUACCAGCAUUGACAAUGGUUCGGUUUGCAUUACGGCAGAUAAUCCUCCCAAGCAAGUGGUCACCAAGUCGGUGGCGGCGCGCCUGGAAAGCAUUUACCGCAUGGGUGGAGUGCCCGCUAUUUUCUCCGGACUGGGUCCUCGGCUUUUUAAGGUGGCGCCCGCUUGUGCUAUCAUGAUUUCGUCCUUUGAGUAUGGCAAGUCCUUCUUCUACCACUAUAACAUUAGCCAGCAUAAUCGCAGCAACCAGGUACCGACGUCCGGAUCGUGAACAACUCACGGCGUUGUCAAUGUUGAUCUAUGUAAAUAUGUAAAUUAAUGCCAAAGUUGCCAGGAAAUUGGAGGGCAGGAAUCGACUGCUGAGUUUGGCAAGCCCGGUCGAAAUUGUUAAAUUGUAGCAAAAUAAAAUUUUAUGUUUUUCCUGGUUCAAAAACAACAAGCUGGCAAUUCCCACCCACCCAAUCCUUUGCUCUAUCACAGCUAGUCAUAAACUGAACCAUGGGAAACUGGUACAAUCUUUA